GUGUGGCAGUCGUUCAGUGAGGAAAGGAGAGAGACGCGCCAGCACAGAGAGGCACGGAGCCGGAGCGGAGAGCAUCAAGUCGACUGCAUUUGGGGAAAAUCCUAAACCAGCGUAGGAAUCAGGAAAAGUAACAAAAAAUAAAUACUAACAACUCUAAUGUACCGAUAGGACGCGUUAGUGUGGGGACUGUGUUGGUAUUUGGACAUAAAAUGAAAGGUUUACCUGUCUSUUUAUUGGAUUUGGAGUCCUAUUUGCGGCGGCUUUGACAGAGGAGUUGCGCAUGCAGAGUGGGCUUUCGAAUCGAACUUGACUUGGACAUCCAGGAUCCCUAAAACGACCUUAGAAAACCCGCUGGACAUCAUCAAACUCAACGAUCGCCACCACCAUGGACGAAGAGCAGUGCCACUACAACGAGACCAUUGCCUUCUUCUACAACCGCAGUGCAAAGGACCUGGCUACCAACUGGAACACCGUGAGCAGGCUGGUGAUGGGGCUGGGCGUCACUGUGUGCAUCUUCAUCAUGCUCGCCAACCUUCUGGUAAUGGUCGCCAUCUACGUCAACAGGAGAUUCCACUUCCCAAUCUACUACCUGAUGGCCAACCUAGCGGCUGCUGACUUUUUUGCUGGACUGGCCUACUUGUACUUAAUGUUCAACACAGGACCAAACACGAGGUGGCUGAGUGUUUCAACAUGGUUGUUGCGUCAAGGCUUGAUCGACACCAGUCUUACAGCUUCGGUGGCCAACCUGCUGGCCAUCGCCAUAGAGCGUCACAUCACUGUCUUCCGCAUGCAGCUACAUACGCGUAUGAGCAACCGACGUGUAGUGGUGGUGAUCGUUAUAAUCUGGACUCUGUCCAUAUUGAUGGGGGCAAUCCCCAGUUUGGGCUGGAACUGUAUCUGCGCCCUGCAAAGUUGCUCCAGUAUGGCACCGCUUUACAGCAACUCCUACUUGAUCUUCUGGGCGGUGUUUAACCUGGUGACGUUUGUCGUGAUGGUGACGCUUUAYGCCCACAUUUUUGUCUAUGUGCGACAGAGGACCAUGAGGAUGUCGCGACACAGCUCUGGGCCACGGCGCAACCGAGAUACAAUGAUGUCUCUGCUCAAAACUGUGGUCAUCGUGUUGGGUGCCUUUAUAAUCUGUUGGACCCCAGGCUUGGUCCUCAUACUUCUCGAUGUCUUCUGCUCCAGCUGCACCGUCCUCAAYUAUGAGAAGUUCUUCCUGCUCCUUGCCGAGUUCAACUCKGCUAUGAAUCCCAUCAUCUACUCAUACCGGGACAAGGAGAUGAGCGCCACCUUCAAGCAGAUCUUGUGCUGCCAGCGGCAGGAGAACGUCAACGGGACGGUGGCGGACGGAUCCGACCGCUCGGCGUCUUCGGUCAACCAUACGGUGCUGGGCGCUGGCGGCGUCCAUCACCAUCACAAUGAGCACUCGGUGGUUUGAAAUGAUUGCCAAAAAGGAAGUCUGAAAGUUGUAGUUGUUCUGCCUGAGACUAUUUAGAUACUAAACGAGGGAUGUGAAUGUGACGGAUCAUAGACUGCUGUUUAAUUUACAAACAGGUGACACAAACUGGUGAUCAGCAUGAUGGAGAGAUCAAUGAAGAAACGGCAGGAGAAGAAGAAGAAGAAGAAUGGAAGUAAAAAAAUGAUGGAAAGACCAUAUGAAGGAAGAGGGGAAGUCUAACGUUUGGGGACUCUGACAGGGUGUUCGUAUUUUUCUUUAGCUGUAUGUUGGGGUUCUUUUGUGUUAAAUGUGUUUUUU